GCAAACUUUGCUGCAGCAUAUACCAACAGUGAUGCCUUCAAAGACUACUACAAUUAUAAAGAAGACUGGGAGAAUCUACGCCUUAUCAUGAGAAACCAGGCCGACUGUGGUCGUCUUGACAGUCUACCUCCAAAGUAUAGAGAACUAAUCAAUUCGCUUCUAAACUCUUUGCGACAGAUGGUGGCUGCUGGUGGCACGUACAAAGGAAAAACAUUUGAACCGCAGCUAAUGAAUGGUUUGAUUUACGAUUGCAAGUUUGAAGUUGAGGCGCAGCAACUGUUGAAGGGGGAGAUUCAGGAACCAAAGCCAGAUCAUUACAAUGUCACACUUGACAUGGAAGACGGUAAUAUGGUCAGCAUUAAACAGAGAUUGCUGAAAGCAGUAAAAUCGGUGUUCGAUUCUCAGAAGGACAAACUGAGAAAUAUGAUCAACGCGAAGGCAACUAGGUUCGGAUGCUGGUCUAACUUGUUCGCUAGGAGGAACCCCAAGCUAGUCUGUGUUUAUGACCGCAAGAAUGAAAUAGGCAAAAGUUAUGGUAGAGGCUAUUGCGAAGAAGACAAACAGUGCAAACUCGUCGGCACUCAGACUUGCUGGUGGGGAUUGUGCUAUGAUGUAGAACAUUGA